AUGACUGAAAAUAUCAAUAAUUUUUGUCUUGAUAGUAAUUUACGUUAUCGUUUUGAAUAUUUAUCAAAAUUUUUUGAUUUUACAAAUGAUGAUAUCAAAAUUCUUAAUGAAUUAUCAACAUAUGUUCAACCAAUAAUUCCUGUUAUUGUUGAUACAGUUUAUCGAAAAUUAUUUUCAUUUGAUAUAACAAAACAAUAUUUCUUUCAUAAUUAUUCAUGUUUUGGAACAUUCUUUUCAUCAACAAAUAAUACAAAUGUAUCAUUUAAUUGUGAAGAAAUUGAAUAUCGAAAAAAUAUGUUAAGCAAAUAUUUAAAUAUAAUUCUUACACAAGAAGAAUGGAAUGAUUCAUUUCUACGAUAUUUAUCUUUUGUUGGACAAGUACAUACACAUAAAAUGGGUACACCAACAAUUCAUGUUGAUUAUAUACAUGUUCUUGCUUUAAUUGGUUUUAUUGAACAUGUUAUUAUUGAUACAAUAUGGAAAAUAGAUAAUAUUGAUUAUCAAAGAAAACAUCGAGCAAUAUUUGCUAUUAAUAAACUUUUUUGGAUUCAAAAUGAAUUUUUUAAAAUACAUUAUUAA